AUGAAGGUUUGUCUUGCAGCUGCUUUUGCUGCGGCCUUCACCGCGACAGCGAUGUCACAGGACACUCCCGCUGAGCUCCUUCGUGAAUUGCAGGCCCAGAAGGCGUUGUUGGAGGAGCAGCGAAAGGAGCUGAAGCAGAUGACCGAAACCCAGGAGAGCAUGGCUGGAUUUGCCAUGUUGGAGACUGGCUGCUGCCGCGCAAAGAACGCCUCGAAUGUCCUAAUGAAAAAUCUCGUCAAUGUGUCAGUUGGCACAUUGGGUUGGUGGAUGUUUGGCUGGGCCCUUGCCUAUGGCUCCCAAGCCGGGUCUUUCAUUGGCACAGAUGGCUUCUUCGGCCUGGGUUUCUACACCAAAGAUGCAUCGGGGAAUAUCGUUCCUGUGGAGUGUGAGGAGGGGAACUGCCAAUCCACGAUGCUGAGUUGGUUCUUCCAGUGGGCCUUCUGCACAGCUGGCGCCACCAUCGUGAGCGGAUGCGUGGCGGAGCGUGUCAAGAGUCCCACCUAUGCUUUCUUCGCGUUCUGCAUGACGAGUUUUAUUUACCCGGUUGUGGUGGCAUGGACCUGGGGUGGUGGCUGGCUCGCCAGCAUCUUUGAUGUGGGAUACAUGGACUUCGCCGGCUCAGGUGUUGUCCAUUUCACGGGUGGAGUUUGUGGCCUCGCUGGCACGAUCAUCCUCGGCCCCCGGAGGGGACGCUUCGAGAACCCGGAGGAGUUCGAGUACCACAAUGUUCCACUGGUCGUGCUCGGAACCUUCGCUCUUUGGUUCGGCUGGUAUGGCUUCAACCCAGGCUCCACCCUCUCAAUGCACGAUAAGGAGAUGGGUGCCCUUGCAGCGCAGGUGGCAAUGAACACCACUCUCUCCGCCGCCACCUGCGGCAUCACCGUCUUCUUGCUGAAGUUCGUGCUCGUGCGCAAGUACGAUGUCGGGGCUCUGUGUAACGGCAUUCUUUCGGGCUUGGUUUCCAUCACUGCGGGCUGCGGAAACAUGGAGUGCGGCAGCGCAGUUCUCACCGGCUUCAUUGGUGCUUUCUUCUACCAGGCGGCAUCCAGUCUCCUUGUGAGACUGAAGAUUGACGACCCCGUGGAUGCCAGUGCAGUUCACGGAGCCUGCGGCAUUUGGGGACUUCUCGCCGCUGGUCUCUUUGAUUGGGGGAAGGGCUUCGACCACUAUCACGGCUGGAGCGGUUUCGGCUGCAUGACCGGCGACGAUGGUGCGUGCCGCCAUGGUCUGGGAGGUGCAGCCGUUGGAGCCCAGAUUGUGAUGAUUCUGGCCAUCAUCGCGUGGGCAGGGACGCUGUCCACUUUGUCCUUCCUGGUCCUGAAGUUUUCGGGACUUCUUCGUAUUGGCGAAAACAUUGAGAAGGUCGGCUACGACAUGCACUCGCACUCUCCGCCGAAGGCCUACGCAUUCAAUGGCCAUGACCCAAAAUCAUCAUCCAGCGAGGAAUCCGGCUCAGAGGGGUGCUUAUGA